GAUUGCCUCUAAACGGCUCUCAACAUGUCACCGGCCGGAAUGUUAUUGAACUAUCUGUCAGAGGGCAAACUACAAGUAUUCAUCUUUAAAUGCUCCAAAAAGCCCCGAGGGGUCCUUACAUGGACGUAUACUAUUUUACUAUUUUAAUAGUCUAAAUUAAUUGUAGCACGAUAGCCGUGCAACGCGUUGCCACCAGGUUGCCACCCAGUCUCUCGUUGCCGGCUCCACAGCCGACGAGCAAGCGAGGGGGUGGGGGGAGGAUGGAGAUGCGGAGGAGCAGCCCGACGACACUCGUUCCCCACUAAACGUGACCGGCGACGGAGCAUGACUGAGAUGCUUAAAGUCACAAAGCUGAAUAUCAAGUUGCCUUCGACCGUCAAGAGAUAGCCCAUUAGCUGGAUGGAGACCCAGGAGGAAUGACACUGUCUCCUUCCCCUCGGAUGACACACCGGCACUUGGAGAAAAUGCACAGGACCGGCGGAUACGUUUUUCUGGUCCUGGCGUCCCUUGUCGCCUCCCGCACCACCGGGGCCUUAUCGGGGGACGCCGCCCGCGACGGAAACCAAACGGGAAACGGCAACGUGACAGACGGCGGAUUUGUCCCGGUCGUGUUCACCAAAGUGAACCAGAUAAUUGCCCGCGAGGGAACCUGCGCGGUGAUUGAUUGCAACGUCACCGGAGAGCCGUUCCCCAGCGUCCAGUGGUUCAACUCCCACGGAGAGCGUCUGGACACGGAGAUGAACGGUGAGAAGUGGGAGCUGCUGGACGCCGGCGUCCUUAACAUCACGAGCAUCGAGUUCGCGGACCGCGGGAAGUACACCUGCAUGGCGUCCAACGUGCACGGCAGCUCCAACGGCACCGUGACGCUGCGCGUGGUCAUCACCAAGGGCGACAUGGGCGUGUACUACAUGGUGGUGUGUCUGGUCACCUUCACCAUCAUCAUGGCGCUGAACGUCACGCGCCUCUGCAUGAUGAGCAGCCACCUGAAGAAGACGGAGAAGGCCAUCAACGAGUUCUUCCGCACCGAGGGCGCCGAGAAGCUGCAGAAGGCCUUCGAGAUCGCCAAGCGGAUUCCCAUCAUCACCUCGGCCAAGACGCUGGAGCUGGCCAAGGUCACGCAGUUCAAGACCAUGGAGUUUGCGCGCUACAUCGAGGAGCUGGCGCGCAGCAUCCCGCUGCCGCCGCUCAUCAUGAACUGCCGCACCUUCAUGGAGGAUAUCCUGGAGGUGGUGGGCGUGGAGGACAUGAGGCACACCUUCAUCCGACAGGCGCCCGAGGGCUUCCGCGACACGGUGAGCAGGGCCAUCGGCGGGAGGGACGUCUUCACCAUCCUGCAGGAGAGGGAGCUGGAGCAAGGGAGGGAGCGCGAGCGCAGCGAGUCGCCCGCCGCCGACUCGGACAACUCGUCGGUCCAGGAGCAGCCGCAGCACAUCGCCAUCCAGGUGUCGGUGCACCCGCAGCUCGCCAUCACUAAUUACUGCAGCAUCGAUGGCCCGGGGCAGCAAGAGGCGCCGCCCUCCUCGCCUCCGCCCUCCUCGCCUCCGCCCUCCUCGCCUCCGCCCCCAUCGUCGCCUCCGCCCCCCUCCACGCCUCCGCCCUCCUCGCCUCCACCCUCCUCGCCUCCUCCCUCCCCACCCUCCACGCCUCCCCCCUCCCCACCCUCCACGCCUCCCCCUUCCUCCCCGCCACCCGUCGCCUCCCUCGACCACGAGGAGCAGCCCGAGGAGGAGGAGGAGGAGGGCGACCCGGCCGUCGAGCAGGAGGCGCCCGAGCCGACAGAAGCGAAUGCUCCGCCUCCCUGCCAGGUGUUCUACGAGAGCCACGUGUGACGAUCUUCGGGGGAGCCUGCGAGUUAUCCUGCUAUGCAUUUACACUUGAAGACACAAAAAAGAAA